GUCCCACGAUAAGAACGAUAAGUCAGGCAAAAUACGAAGGCACCUAGAAGGGGCGGGGCUGAAGGCCAGGGCCGGCGUCCCUCGGCCUGAAGAGCUUGAAGCUCGUAGGCUUGGGGCCUCCCAGAUGUGUGGAACUGUCCCUGGAGCUGUAGCCCUUCACCACCAUCUCUAUCUCCUUCUGAGGGAUCCUGAAAUCUCUGUCAUGGAAAAGUACCACGUGUUGGAGAUGAUUGGAGAAGGCUCUUUCGGGAGGGUGUACAAGGGUCGAAGAAAAUACAGCGCUCAGGUGGUGGCCCUGAAGUUCAUUCCAAAAUUGGGACGCUCAGAGAAAGAGCUGAGGAAUCUGCAACGAGAGAUUGAAAUCAUGCGGGGUCUGCGGCAUCCCAAUAUUGUGCAUAUGCUUGACAGCUUUGAGACUGACAAAGAGGUGGUGGUGGUGACAGACUAUGCUGAGGGAGAGCUUUUUCAAAUCCUAGAAGAUGAUGGAAAACUUCCCGAAGAGCAGGUUCAGGCCAUUGCUGCCCAGUUGGUGUCAGCCCUGUACUAUCUGCAUUCCCACCGCAUCCUCCACCGAGACAUGAAGCCUCAGAACAUCCUCCUUGCCAAGGGUGGUGGCAUAAAGCUCUGUGACUUUGGAUUUGCCCGGGCUAUGAGCACCAACACGAUGGUGCUGACAUCCAUUAAAGGCACACCACUCUACAUGUCUCCAGAGCUGGUGGAGGAACGACCAUACGACCACACCGCGGACCUCUGGUCUGUGGGCUGCAUACUGUAUGAGCUGGCAGUGGGCACUCCUCCCUUCUAUACCACGAGCAUCUUUCAGCUGGUCAGCCUCAUUCUCAAGGACCCUGUGCGCUGGCCCCCCACCAUUAGUCCUUGCUUCAAGAACUUCCUUCAGGGACUGCUCACCAAGGACCCCCGGCAGCGUCUGUCCUGGCCAGACCUGUUACAUCAUCCCUUUAUUGCUGGUCGUGUCACCAUAUUAACCGAGUCAGCAGGCCCAGAUUUGGGUACCCCAUUCACCAGUCGCUUACCCCCAGAACUUCAGGUCCUAAAGGACCAACAGGCGCAUCGUCUGGCCCCCAAGGGCAAUCGAUCUCGCAUCUUGCGGCAAGCCUAUAGGCACAUGGCUGAGGAGGCCAAGCAGAAGAAACACCAGAACCCAGGACCUGCCCUCGAGCAAGAGGACAGGACCAGCAAGGUGGCUUCUGGCACAGCCUCUCUGACCAGACUAAAGGCCACUCCUCAGGAACCAAGUCUCUUGACUGGGGUCUUAGGCUCAGAAAUGAAGAGCAGCUGGGCUGAGUGGAGGGCUGGAGAAGCUCCCCCUGCGCCUUGCAGGGAAAACUGGAUCACCCAGGAUUGUGAGCAAGCAUUCCCAGAGCUGAGGCCAGAGGUGGUGGGCCAGCAGAGCCUUGAUGCAGUGGACCUAGAAAAUGAGGAGCCAGGCAACGAUGAUGCUGAGUGGCGGCACCUGCUAGAGACCACUGAGCCUGUGCCCGUCCAACUGAAGGCCCCUCUCGCCCUGCUGUGCAAUCCCGACUUCUGCCAGCGCAUCCAGAGUCAGCUGCAUGAGGCUGGAGGGCAGAUCCUGAAAGGCGUGCUGGAGGGCGCUUCCCAUAUCCUUCCUGUGCUCCGGGUCCUGAGCAGUCUUCUGUCCAGCUGCGGUGGUGACUCUGUUUCCUUGUACUCCUUCUGCCGAGGGGCAGGGCUCCCCUGGCUGCUGCUCAGCCUCCUCCGACACAGCCAGGAGAGCAGCAGUAUCCAGCAGCAGCGUUGGUAUGGGACCUUCUUACGGGACCUGAUGGCUGUGAUUCAGGCCUACUUUGCCUGCACCUUCAAUCUGGAGAGGAGCCAGACAGGUGACAGCCUACAGGUAUUUCAGGAAGCUGCCGACCUCUUUCUGGAGCUCUUGGGGAAACUACUGGCCCAACCAGAUGACUCCGAGCAGACUUUGCGGAGGGACAGCCUUAUGUGCUUUACUGUUCUGUGUGAAGCCAUGGAUGGGAACAGCUGGACCAUCUCCAGAGCUUUCUACUCCAGCCUGAUGACCACACAGCGGGCUGUGUUGGACGGGCUCCUUCAUGACUUGACAGUUCCACAGCUCCCUUUCCACAGCCCCCCAGGAGCCCCCGAGGUGAGCCAGCCGCUUCGGGAGCAGAGUGAGGAUCUGCCUGGAGCCCUCUCCUCGGCACUGGCAGCCUUAUGCACUGCUCCUGUGGGGCUACCUGGCUGCUGGGAAGCCAAGGCGCAGAUCUCCCGGCAUUUGGCAAACCAGCUCACUGAAGACAGCAACCAACUGAGGUCAUCCCUCAUCUCUGGCCUGCAGCAUCCCAUCCUGUGCCUACACCUUCUCAAGGUUCUCUACUCCUGCUGCCACGUCAGUGAGCCCCUGUGCUGUCUUCUAGGGCAAGAGCCCCUGGCCUUGGAGUCACUGUGGAAGUUGGUCCAGGGCAAGGUAAAGGUAGUGGAUUGGGAAGAGUCUGCUGAAGUGGCACUGUACCUCCUCUCCCUUCUUGUCCUUCACCUCCAAGAUCUGCCUUCUGGAAUGGAGAAGCUAGGCAGUGAGGUUGCUACUGUCUUUACCCAUUCACACGUCGUCUCUCUUGUGAGCGCGGCAGCCUGUCUGUUGGGACAGCUUGGUCAGCAAGGGGUGACUUUUGACCUCCAGCCUGUGGAGUGGAUUGCAGCUGCCACACAUGCCCUGUCCGCCCCUGCGGAGGUCCGGCUGACUCCACCGGGUGGCUGUGGAUUCUAUGAUGGCCUCCUCAUGCUUCUGCUGCAGCUGCUCACCCAGCAGGGGAAGGGUAAUCCAGUAAGGGUCGUGGCUAGCUCAGAAAUGUGGACCGUUCUGUGGCACCGCUUCUCCAUGGUGCUGAGGCUCCCUGAGGAGGCAUCUGUACAGGAAGAGGAGCUGUCACUGUCCAGUCCACAAAGCCCAGAGCCAGACUGGACGCUGAUCUCACCCCAAGGUAUGGCAGCCCUGCUGAGCCUGGCCAUGGCCACCUUUACCCAGGAACCCCAGUUAUGCCUGAGCCACCUGUCUCAGCGUGGAAGUAUCCUCAUGUCCACCCUGAAGCAUCUGCUUUCGCCAAGCUUCCUGCAUCACCUGACCCAGGCGCCUCAGGGGCCUGAGUUUCUCCCCGUUGUGGUGCUCUCUGUCUGCCAGCUCCUCUGCUUCCCCUUCGCCCUGGAUGUGGACGCUGACCUCCUUGAAGGUGUCUUGGCUGACCUCACAGACUCAGAAGUCACAGCCCACCUGCUGCAGGUCUGCCGCCACCAUCUUCCACUGACACAAGCCGAGCUGCCCAUCAGUCUGCUCACACGCCUGGCCCUCUCUGAGCCCCCCUCUCUCAACCAGUUUGUGAGCACAGUAGCCGCCUGCCCUACAACCACCAUCUCAUUCCUCUCAGCUGCCCUCCUGGGUGACCAGCCGCUGCUGACCUCUGACCUUCUCUCCCUCCUGGCCCACACCGCUCGGGUACUGUCUCCCAGCCAUUUGUCCUUUAUCCAAGAACUCCUGGCUGGCCCCGAUGAAUCCUAUCGGCCCCUGCGCAGCCUCCUGGGCCACCCAGAGAAUUCUGUGCGGGCCCGUACUUACGGGCUUCUGGGACACUUGCUCCAGCACAGCGGAGCCCUGCGUGGGGCCCUGCAGAGCCAGCUAGGACUGCUCAACCUUUUGCUGCUGGGGCUUGGAGACAAAGACCCUGCUGUGCGGCGUGGUGCCAGCUUUGCUGUGGGCAAUGCAGCCUACCAAGCUGGUCCCCUGGGGCCUGCCCUGGCAGCUGCGGUGCCCGGUAUGACCCAGCUCCUUGGAGAUCCUCAGGCUGGUAUCCGGCGCAAUGCCGCAUCAGCUCUGGGCAACUUGGGGCCUGAGGGUUUGGGGGACGAGCUGGUACGGUGCCAAGUACCCCAGCGGCUCCUAGAGGUGGCGUGUGGAGACCCCCAGCCAAAUGUGAAGGAGGCUGCCCUCGUUGCCCUCCGGAGCCUCCAACAGGAGCCCUGCAUCCAUCAGGUGCUGGUGUCCCUGGGUGCCAGUGAGAAGUUAGCCUUGCUCUCUCUGGGGAAUCAGUUACUGCCACGUAGCAGUCCCAGGCCGGCCUCUACCAAACACUGCAGGAAGCUCAUUCACCUCUUGAGGCCAACCCACAAUACAUGACCCCAGAUUCCUGGGGUCCAGCCUCCAACGUUCAUUGCCCUACUGUUGCCAGCCCUUCCUUCUUCUGCUCUACAAGCCGCCAACUCAACCAAGAGCUAAAGAGACUGAAAGAGAUAAGCUGCCAAUCAACUGAUUUGAGAACGAGAACCUAGAAGAGAUUUAUGUAUAAAGCUCCUUCUUUCCCCCAGAUUCAGGAUGAUUUCAGCCAGUAAACUUCAUUAUUGUUGGUGCCAGAGGAGAUUCCUUUCUUCUCUACAUCAGGGGGUCUUUUCUCCAAUAAUGUGCCUUUAAACCCAAGGGACAUGCCUCCUGGACCUUAGGGAGACACCUUCUACCUGAGAGGUCUCUUCCUUUCUGGAGCUCCUGAAAUCUUCCCAGCAGGUUCUUGUUUUAGAUGCAGUGGUCCCAGACAGUGAUGAAGACAGAGCCUGCCUCUAGGGGAUAGCCUGCUGUGGGGAUAAAUGCCAUCAGUGCCUGUUAUGGAGGGCUCCCCAGCCUGUAGCCCCCAUUCCCAUCCAUUGGUGGGGGUGUACCUUUUCUUUCUUCCUUCCUCCCUCCCUCCCUCUUUCCUUCCUUCCUCCCUUCCUUCCCUUCCCUUCCCUCCCUUCCUUCCUUCCCUCCCUCCCUCUCUCCUUCCUUUUUCCUUUUUUUUUUUUUUUUAACCCUACUUGGAGCUGCCAGGGUAAAGAGUUGAGAGAUUCAGCUCUUUUAGCUGAUGUGUGAUGCUGGAAGCACUGGUUUUCUGUUCACAGAAGAUCCUGGUUUGGAAGCUUAUUUAUAUCUUUUCCUGCCUUCCAGCUUCCUCCAUCCCAGAUGAGCUGCAUGUGAUCACCUACUUCCAAGCCAGGGCCAGUGGAGCUGAAAUAGGAAAGGAUAGGAUUAAACAGAGGGGUAAAUUGGAUUGCUUUCUGAUCUCAGGCUCAGUGACUAGUUUUAAUAUUUGGUGGAGUUUCAAUGUAUAGGGAAGCCCAGCUGCUUUAGAAGGAUGGCUGUUUAUGGAGAUUGUGCAGUUUACCAGAAAGGGAUGUUUGGCAGGCCCGUUGGUUAGAAUCAUAAUCCAUACUGGAAAGCUUAAACCUUCACUCACUGGAUAGCUUGCAGCCAGCUUCCCAGAGCCCUAAUUUCUCCAUCUGUAACAUAGGGAGACUACUUUUUGUCCUUCCUUAAAUUCCACUUGUUUUAGAAAUGAAAGAUGAGUAAGGUGCCUUUAUUUAUUUAUUUUUUUUUUUUGCGGUAUGCGGGCCUCUCACUGUUGUGGCCUCUCCCGUUGCGGAGCACAGGCUCCGGAUGCGCAGGCUCAGCGGCCAUGGCUCACGGGCCCAGCCUCUCCGCGGCAUGUGGGAUCUUCCCGGACCAGGGCACGAACCCAUGUCCCCUGCAUCGGCAGGCGGACUCUCAACCACUGCGCCACCAGGGAAGCUCAGGUGCCUUUAUUUUUAUAAAGAAUUCAUUUAGACCUCAUCUUCAUUGCCCACUGUCUGUGUUUAUAUUUUGGCAAAAAUAACAUUUUUUUCUAGAGACCACCAUAAUUUCUUCCUAUCCAGAUUAUUUUAGUUCAGUUCAAUAUAUAUUUAUUUAUUUGUUUUUUAAAGUUGUUUAUUGAAGUAUAGUUGAAUUACAAUGUGUUAAUUACUGCUGUACAGCAGUGACUCAGUUAUACAUACAUAUAUACAUUCUUUUUCAUAUUCUUUUCUAUCAUGGUUUGUCACAGGAUAUUGAAUAUAGUUUCCUGUGCUAUACAGUAGGACCUUGUUGUUUAUCCAUUCUAUAUAUAUCAGUUUGCAUCUGCUAAUCCCAAAUUCCCAAUCCAGCCCUCUCCCAGGCCCCUCCCCCUUGGCAACCACCAGUCUGUUUUCUAUAACAUAUAUUUAUUGAGUCCUUUCUAUACGCCAGAUACUAUUCUAGGCACUGGAGGUAAAGCAAUGCCUGUUUGUCAUAGAGUUUCCAUUCUGGUUGGGGAGACAGUGGGCUUAUUAAAAUGAGUGAAUUGCAGACUCCCCUGGUGGCGCAGCGGUUAAGAAUCCACCUGCCAAUGCAGGGGACAUGGAUUCGAGCCCUGGUCGGGGAAGAUUCCACAUGCCUGGAGCAACUAAGCCCGUGCGCCACAACUACUGAAGCCCGCACGCCUAGAUCCCGUGCUCCACAACAAGAGAAGCCACCGCACUGAGAAGCCCGUGCACCGCAAUGAAGAGUAGCCCCUGCUCGCCGCAACUAGAGAAAGCCUGCGCGCAGCAACGAAGACCCAACCCAACCAAAAAUAAAUAAAUAAAAUAUUAAAUUACUUAAAGAAAACUUAAAAAAAUAAAUUUUUUAGUAUGUAGGAAUGUGAUAAAAGCUCCAGAGAAAUACAAAGCAGGAAGGGGGGGAUGAGGAAUGCUGAGUUGGAUAGCCAGGGUAGACCUCACUUAGAAGGUGACAUUUGAACAAAGCAGUGCAGCUCUCUGAGGGAAAAGACUAUGCAGGGAGAAUGGUCUUCAAAGGCCAUUGGAGUAUGGCCGUAUGGAAGUACGCCUGGAGUGCUUGAGGAGCUAUGAGGAGGCCAGUUUGGAUGGAAAAGUGAAGAAGGGGGAGAACAGUAGGAAACGAGGACAGGAAGGUAAUAGGGACCAGAUGUAGGCCUUAAAGACCUUACAUUUUACAUAGAGUAGGGAUCUAUUGGAGAGUUGGAUCAGAGGAGUUCUGAGAUCUACCUUAUGUUCUAAAAGAUUGCUCUUCAUUCUUGUAUUGUGAUGGACAGUGAGGAAUGGGGGAGGAUGGGAAGUAGUGUGGGCAAUUAGGAGGCUAUUGUAAUAAUCCACAUGAGAGAUAAUGGUGUCCUGGACUGGAGUGGUACCAAUGGAGUGGUGAAAAGUAGUCAUAUUUUGAAUGUAUUUUGAAGAUGGAACAAAUAAGUUUUCUUGACUGAUUGGAUGUGAGAGUGUAACAAAGGAAAGCAGUCAAGGAUGACUCCAUGGUUUUUGGCCCGAGCAAUUGGAAGGAUGGAGUUGCCAUUAACUGAAAUGGGGAAGGCUGUUAGUGGAGUGGUAGUGGGUGGGAAAACUCUAGUUCAGUUUUGAACGUUAAGUCUAUUAGCUGGAAAUUUUCAAACAUACACAAAAGUAGAGAGAUUAGUUCAGUGAACCCCAUCACCACUUCGAUAGCUACCAUAUAUAUUCUUUUUUUUUUUUUUUUUUUGCGGUACGCGGGCCUCUCACUGUUGUGGCCUCUCCCGUUGCGGAGCACAGGCUCCGGACGCGCAGGCUCAGCGACCAUGGCUCACGGGCCCAGCCGCUCUGCGGCAUGUGGGAUCCUCCCGGAACCGGGGCACAAGCCCGUGUCCCCUGCAUCGGCAGGCGGACUCUCAACCACUGCGCCACCAGGGAAGCCCUAUUCUUUUUUUACUUAAAUAUUUUGAAACAAAUCCUGGGCAACAUAUGUUAUCCAUGAGUACAUCGGAAUGUAUCUCUGACAAAUCAGAAAUUUUGUUUUUGUUUUUCACAAAACCACAGUACUUCACUAAGACCUGUCUAGUUAACGCAAAUAUGUAUACAGUAUUGUGUAUUUAAAUCUGGAUUUUUUUUUCCUAGAAGGUAAACUAGGGGGAAUUACCUUGUAAAGGAAUUAUUUGCUUUUUCCAA